AUGAAGAGCCUGCUCCUGACGGUCACACUAUUUGGCCUAAUGGUGAGUCUGUAGACCCACGGUUACCUUCCCUUCAUCUCAGAAGAAGAUAAACUCUCAGGUGUCUGGUUCAUAAAAGCCACAGUGAGUCAAAGAAGAGAGAUGGAGGUGAAAACUCUGGUUGCAUUUGCUAUUAGAUUUACAUGCCCAGAAGAAGGAACCUUGGAGAUAAGCCACACUAUCAUAUCUGAGGGAGAGUGCAUUAAAUUAGGAAUCCAUACGCAGAAAACAGAGGAGCCUGGUCAAUACAGUGCCUAUCCAUUACUCUUUAAUCUGCAGUUUUUGGGCUGUAAUCUCUUCUACAUCUAUGAACUUCCAGUGAAGGACCAUUACAUUGUAUACACUGAAAGCCAUCUGUUUCAGAAAAUAUCCCAAUUGGGACACCUUAUAGGAAAGUAUCCAGAAGAAAAUCUGGAGGCCUUGGAAAUAUUUCAGCAAUUCAUACAACACAAAGGAUUUCUCCAAGAAAACAUCAAUGUGCCUGAGCAGAGGGAACGGUGUAUUCCCAUACAUGACAGUGGUAAGUGA